UUGCGAGGAAAUUGGCCCUUCGACUUCAGUCCCAGCAGAAAUUAAUUCCUUAUGGUCACGGUGGUCGACACCAAAAUGCAACAACAGUUGCGGUAGAGGAUUCAUGGUAGAAGUUGCAUCAUGCCAAGAUCAAGUAACAGGAAAACCAGCCAUAGAUUGUAUCGGGCCAGGAUCGUUUUGGUGAGCCAACGCUCCUUUCAGGAAGUUCCCUCGAAUUCCUUGACCAUGACGAAAGGUGUGAACUUUUCUAGCUGCCCGGAUACCUUCGUUAAAUGUUAUUGCGAAGUAAACACCGUUGAUGGAAUUAUGAGAGCGACCAGACUCACAGAACCUUGCAUUUCUAUCGAAGGGUGUAUCUCAAGUAACUCUGGAACAUUCACUUUUGAAGGAGAACUUGAUCCUGGUAACAACAUAGACUUGGACGAUGUUUAUGAGAAUGAUGAUCGUGAAAGGUUCGAAGACACGUUGUGUUACUCAGACUCGGUGCGAAUACCGCGACGUAAUCUUCUGCAAGUUCACAGCGCGGAGCAGGAGGACGACUACGUGGUACGCGAAAAUAGACUUGAAAACAACAACUUUAAAGACGAGCGCGGUUAUCGUUCCGUUCUGAGAAGGCGAUCAGGCGACGAGGCCAACUAUAGAAACCAAGACGAGGAGGACGACUUGGAGGACGAGGAUGAGGAUGGGGACGAUGAGAAAAGAGUUUUUUUCGCCGUCGCGAGGCCCGAUGAUGACGACGAUGACGACGAUGACGACGAGGACACGGCUAGAUCGGGUUCAGAGACUCCGAAGGGUCGCCGGAUUGAGGAGGCAAGGUCCGAUUACGCGGCGAUUGCGUUCGAGGGUAAGCCAGAGGUCGACGAACUCCAGAGGAAUGGGCAUGUGCAGAUCAGAGCCGCCGCUGAUGAUGAGGAGUGUGAGGAUGAAGCCACGGAAAUACUGCAAUAUUACGAUUAUGAAUCUACCGGCGGAACUAUACAAAUUGGGCUCGCCUUGGAACUUGUUGCAUUGAGUAUCUUAUUCUAUCUGUUCCUUGAAAUUUAAAUGGACAAGUAGGAUUGAAGAUAGAUUGAAUCUGCAUAAUUGAGAUG